ACACAUCGAUUCUUGACAGGGUGAUAUGAUUGCUCCUAUUCUCCAUGGUAAAGUAUCAACCAACAUUAGUAGUAGCCCACAUCAGACUAAUCAGCCAUGUAUCGUAAAUUGUAGCAAAGGACGUGAAUCUGAGAUUCAACGAGCACUUGCGUUACAGCAUGCUUUAGAUGAGAAGGAAAUGGAGCCUGAGAUGCUAAAGAUUGUCAAGGGUUCAAAAGACAAGAGUGCAAGCAAUGGUGGAUGCAGCUAUCAAGGCUGCAUCAUCUGUGAAGGAAGGAGAAGAUGCCAUCAAAAUCCAUCUCCCUCAGACGCAUCAAAGCCUAAGGCUAACAACGAUUUCAUCUCACAAGAUGGUUCAGAGAAAAACGAGGCUCAAAUGCCUUCAGAGCUAAUCACAUCCUGUGUUGCCUCUUGGUUCAUGAUUCAGGUUUGUGCAUAUUCAAGUCUUGUAAGAUUGUAGUUUAGUCUUGUGUCUUGGACAUUUUGUUUAAAUGGUGAAUUUGUG